AUGUCCUCUGCUCAGUCUCGCCUUCUCCUAUCGCUGCUCUCUCCAGUCGCUUCGAAUCCCGAGAAAUUGCCCAAGCUAUCGACCAGUGUGAUGGUGCCGUUGCCGGCCCAUGGAGUCGCUGCGGAACUUUCUGAUGAGGAGAGAGAGUUCUGGAAGCAGCCUGAUGGAGAAGGCUACAGGCCAUGUCUGGAUUUCAGUAUUGAAUAUAGGAAAGCAUCUGCCAAGAUUUCCAAAGAGAAGAGAAGAUUCUUGAUGGUGAUGGUUUCAGGAGGAUUGAACCAGCAGAGGAAUCAGAUUGCUGAUGCUGUUGUGAUUGCUAGAAUUCUUGAGGCAGCACUUGUUGUCCCUGUUUUGAAGGUCAAUCUCAUAUGGAAAGAUGAAAGUAAAUUUUCGGACAUUUUUGAUGUGGAACAUUUCAAGAAGACGUUAAGAGCCGAUGUUCGAGUUGUGUCUUCUCUUCCCUCGAAGCAUUUCAAGUCCAGAGAGACCAAGAUUCCUCAUGAUGUUUCCCCUCAUUGGAUUCGUGCAAGAUUUAGAACCCAACUCAUAAAGGAAGGGGUUCUUGUGUUAAAUGGGUUGGACUCUAAGCUCUCAAAGAAUCUUCCCUUUGAUCUGCAGAAGCUCAAAUGUAAGGUUGCAUUCCAUGCACUAAAAUUCUCAGCUCCAAUUCAGGAGCUUGGAAACCAGCUAACAAGAAGAAUGUGGAUUGAAGGUCCAUAUAUUGCCCUCCAUCUCCGCUUAGAGAAGGAUGUUUGGGUUAGAUCUGGUUGUCAUACCGGUUUGGGCUCGGAUUAUGACGCUGUCAUUUCCGAAAUUCGGAAUUCGCAACCGGAGUAUCUUACGGGAAGGAUAAACAUGAGUCAUGUUCAACGAAGGCGUGCCGGAUUAUGCCCCUUAAAUGCCAUGGAGAUUGCUAGGCUCCUAAAGGCUCUUGGAGCGCCAAAACAAUCAAGGAUUUACACAGCAGGAGGAGAGCCAUUUGGAGGGAAGAAGGCUCUGCAACCACUAAUUGCAGAAUUCCCAAAUAUAGUGACUAAGUACACACUGGCAAGAGAAGAAGAGCUUUCACCCUUCAUCAACAAGUCAUCUGCUAUGGCUGCCAUCGACUACAUCGUGUCCUUGAGCAGCGAUGUCUUCAUGCCAUCACACGGUGGAAACAUGGGUCGAGCUAUGCAGGGGCAUCGUGCCUAUGUGGGACAUAGGAAGUACAUCAAGCCAAAUAAACGAGCAAUGCUCGAUUACUUUGAUGAUGCAUCCAUUUCUGAUGCAGAAUUGGGAAGCAUUGUGAGAAAGGUGCACAAACAAUCUCAGGGACAGCCUGAACCAAGAACGAAGAGAAAAGAUCGCGACGUUGUUGCAUAUCCUGUGCCAGAAUGCAUGUGCAAACACAGUAUCAACUUUGCUAAUUAG